UUCCCACACCCGGGCGCGUGCCGGCGCCUCCGGACCAGUGGUUCCGCGCGUUCCUGCACGGAGGCGCGGGGCUCGAACGGACGCGACCCCCUUGGUCCUGCAGCAGCUUCCCCGGCCCGCGGGAGAUGUCAGACUGAAGUGAGCGAAUUCAGAUAUAUAACUCAACCUUGUUAGAGGGCUUUAUUAAAAAAUAAAGAGUUGAUUCCGUGCAUGAGAGCAAGUUACUGCUGCUUACCGUUCAGAGACUUACAGGUGCUUGCCUGCAUUGCAAUAAAGGACUCAUAUAUUGAGCAAGACUUAUAUUUAUCUCUUCGUUUUGGAGAGCCUAAUAAACUGUUAUUACAGUUUCUCUACUGACUUUCAAAAGUUUUGAAGUUUGAAAGAGACAUCUUUACAAUUAAUACAGCAUGAGCACGGCCAGAACAGAGAACCCUGUUAUAAUGGGUCUGUCCAGUCAAAAUGGUCAGCUGAGGGGCCCUGUGAAGCCCAGUGGUGGCCCCGGAGGAGGGGGCACACAGACACAGCAACAGAUGAACCAGCUGAAAAACACCAACACAAUCAAUAAUGGCACUCAGCAGCAAGCACAGAGUAUGACCACCACUAUUAAACCUGGUGAUGACUGGAAAAAGACUUUAAAACUCCCUCCAAAGGAUCUAAGAAUCAAAACUUCGGAUGUGACCUCCACAAAAGGAAAUGAGUUUGAAGAUUACUGUUUGAAACGGGAGUUGCUGAUGGGAAUUUUUGAAAUGGGCUGGGAAAAGCCAUCUCCUAUUCAGGAGGAGAGCAUUCCCAUUGCUUUAUCUGGUAGGGAUAUUUUAGCUAGAGCAAAAAACGGAACAGGCAAGAGCGGUGCCUACCUCAUUCCCUUACUUGAACGGCUAGACCUGAAGAAGGACAAUAUACAAGCAAUGGUGAUUGUUCCCACUAGAGAACUUGCUCUACAGGUCAGUCAAAUUUGCAUCCAGGUCAGCAAACACAUGGGAGGGGCUAAAGUGAUGGCAACCACAGGAGGAACCAAUUUACGGGAUGACAUAAUGAGGCUUGAUGAUACAGUGCAUGUCGUGAUAGCUACCCCUGGGAGAAUCCUGGAUCUUAUCAAGAAAGGAGUAGCAAAAGUUGAUCAUGUCCAGAUGAUAGUAUUGGAUGAGGCAGAUAAGUUGCUGUCACAGGAUUUUGUGCAGAUAAUGGAGGAUAUUAUUCUCACGCUACCUAAAAACAGACAAAUUUUAUUAUAUUCUGCUACUUUCCCUCUUAGUGUACAGAAGUUCAUGAAUUCCCAUUUGCAGAAACCCUAUGAGAUUAACCUGAUGGAGGAACUAACUUUGAAGGGAGUAACCCAGUACUACGCAUAUGUAACUGAGCGCCAAAAAGUACACUGCCUCAACACACUUUUCUCCAGGCUUCAGAUAAACCAGUCGAUCAUUUUCUGUAACUCCUCUCAGAGAGUUGAAUUGCUAGCCAAGAAGAUUUCUCAACUGGGUUAUUCUUGCUUCUAUAUCCAUGCUAAAAUGAGGCAGGAACAUCGGAAUCGUGUAUUUCAUGAUUUCCGAAAUGGCUUAUGCCGCAAUCUUGUUUGCACUGAUUUGUUUACCCGAGGUAUUGAUAUACAAGCUGUGAAUGUGGUAAUAAACUUUGACUUCCCAAAGCUGGCAGAGACCUAUCUCCAUCGUAUUGGAAGAUCAGGUCGCUUUGGUCAUCUUGGCUUAGCCAUCAACUUGAUCACAUAUGAUGAUCGCUUCAACCUGAAAAGUAUUGAGGAGCAGCUGGGAACAGAAAUCAAACCUAUCCCAAGUAACAUUGACAAGAGCCUGUAUGUGGCAGAAUACCACAGCGAGCCUGUAGAAGAUGAGAAACCUUAACAAGCAUGUGUGUACCCGACAAAAUAGCAAAGUUUUGACAAACUACAGAAGGCUCGUUUGGAUCUGUGACACAUCGAUUUUGGGGGGAUGCUCUUCUCUUUGUGGGUUUUUCAUCUUCUUUUAUUUUGGAACUAUGAAGACUUAAAAGAGCUCAGACAUUUUUUCUUUUAAUUGGUGAAGAGAAAAAAAGCUAAAAAGGAAUUUACCUUUUUUGUUCCACUUGUUUGCACUGUGUGCUGACUGAACAUUAGUUGCACUAACUGCUGGUUUUUUAAAAAUGUUUUCUGGGGAAGGGGGACAAGGAAGGAGGAGAAAGAAGAGAAGGGGAGAAACCCUAAAAAGAGAAGAAUCUUGAUGAACACAAGCUUGUCUGCGAUUUCAAAAUUCUCCAACAGCUGACUCUUGAGUGCAUUUCAACUUCUCCCUGGUUACUCAUCCGUUUUUUAAGCCUGAAGAGCUUAUUACUUAUUUGUGCAAAGUGCCUUAUGCUAUGAGACCAUUCAGAAUAUCAUCUUUUAGACACAGCCCAAGGAAUCAACAGUAGUAUUGUUUUUUUUCUUUUUUCAUUCUUUUUAAAAUUUUUGUCUUUCCGUUUUGGUUUCAAGUUGAAGUCUCUCUCUUCCCUUUCUACCCGAUACUCAAGCCCAGGGCUGGAAGAUGAAACGUAUUAGUAAUGUUAAACACCAUUUUCUUUUUCUUUAUGUGGAGGAGUUGAUAUGCAACUGCAGUUCAUCCGCACUGUAAAUACAUGUAUUUAAAAAAAAAAAACAAUCCCAAGUAAAAAUUUCUUCUGGGCUGAGUAGAUGCAACAUCAUCGCUCCCAAAGGAAAGAGCAGUCUAUCAUUGCAGGAGCCAUAUGACAAGCCUUUUGUGCUCUAUAGCAGAACACUAAAGACUGGUUUACAUACACCUCCAUUAGCAGUUAUGGCACUUGAUGUGUAGACAUGUCAGAGCCUUUGACCCUCUUUCCUCUGUGGCAAAGCGUGUCCCAUAGAAAAUUGGGUGUGUAUACUUGUAUAAACUUUGUAAAUAGGUUUUUUUCUGGGUUCAUAUAUAUAUAUACAUAUAUAUAUAUAUAUAUAUUUUUUUUUUUUUUUGGAUGAAGGUUGCUGGGAUUAAGGGGAUUAGAUUGAUUAUGGGAGCAGCUAAAGAUGAGAGGGGCUCAGUUUUCCGCAACACUAAAUUCUAAAAAAGUACUUUGGCUUCUUACUGUAGAGAACAGACCUCUACAGGGACAUCCUCUGUUGGAAAAGGGACCCAGAAGUCUGGGAUCACUGCUGCCACACUUUGUCUCAUAUAGUACCUUUGGAGGAGGCCUGACAGAGAGAGCAAGGAAGCUUCAGAAACCUGUAAUUCAAGAUGUUAUUUUUGAGACACUCUCUCUGAUAAUGUUUCUUCCCCCCUUUUUAAAAGUUUGAGAAACUUUUCAAGCUCAGCAAAAGGGGACAAAGACUAAUUUGCCUUGCAGUGUGGCAGUUUGAUUGAGUGGCAGUUUCUUUGAGCAGUAUAUGUAUAAAGCAUGGAUUUGCAUUUCAGAAUAUUAGCCAGUACCAGCUGUGGUGACAUUAGCAGUUCUGGGGCUUACUUUCUGUGGAUCUUCUCCUGUACUGUGUAAGUGUAUUGCCCUCUGCCCACCUUGAUACAUAAACUUGCAGGAAUGGGCAACCCCUGAGAGCUGUUAACCUUGAUGCUACAGAAAGCUGCUUGCCAUCCUCUUGCUUUGUGACAAGAAUUAUCUGUCAUUUUGCAUUGUAAAUUGCUGGCAAACGCGUUACAGUCAAUAGUGUUGCUUUAAAUUGUGCCCCUCCCAACAUGCUUGAUGUUUGGCCUGAUCUCCAGGCAAAAGGAGUGAGAUGAAGCAAAACCAGUGAACUUUUUUUUUAAUGUUUUUAAUUCCCUUUUAACCCAGUGUACUAGGUCAAUUAGGAGGCAUCUAGGAUUUUUUUUUAAAAAAAAGGAAAAAAUAAAAUUAAAAAAAUUUGAUUUCCAUAUGCCACUGUUUUCCAAAACCCUAAAAUAUUGCAAGAUGUGUCCUUCAUAAACUUUCAUGCUUAACUCAUCUGGAAAAAGAAAUCAGUUAUUCAGAGUUGCUUUUUGACUCUGCCUAGUUCUAAGCAAAAUUGUGACACCCAGAAUUCCUUGAGGAUCAAAAUCCUGCAGAUGCCUCCUGAUCAGACAUAGCCCUAACUCCUUAAAAACUGUAGCAAGAGCUGCACAGUACAAACCCCAAAAAGAAGAACUCAUUUAUCUGGUAGCCAAGCCACAUGUGUCUAUCCAGCCAAUGUUGGUUACUAAAUACAAGGCCUACUUAAGGAAGUAACCUUUUUCCGGGGAGGGGUGGGGGGAGGGAAUUUAAAAGGCAUCAACUUUUGACCAAAAAUCUUGCCCUUGUACUGAUGCAGCUCUCUCUUUCUCCCCCACCUCUGGCGAGAUAAGAGGAAUCAUUCAUUAUAGAAGAAAAACAAGGAAUGCUCAUAAAUGAAGUUUUGUGUCUCGCUAGAGUGUGGGUGACUAAGCAGCGCGGUCUUGUUUGCCAUCAGACUGUGCUCUGCCUGGUGCCACGUGCCUGUGGGUCCCUCUAAAAGCACAGACUUUAAAUUGAAAGUAUUACUGAAGUACAGCCUCUGAUGAGGAGUGGCACUUAAAACUAUCUGGGACACCACUAUUGGACACAGUCUUGUAGAGGCAGCUGUCCAGUUUUGGUGCUUGUCUCUUGAAUAGGAAUUGUUAAAUGGAAAGAUGCUCAAAGGACUAGGUCAAAGCCUAGUCUCUUUUUUUUUUUUUUUUUUAAUCGCCCUUACAAUAAGGAGCAUUGUUACUAUUGGAAGUUGUUUUUGUGUUCCUUGCAGAUUGGGUGUUUAAGUAAUGAUAAUAUUUUUCCACUGGUUCAUUUGGAUGAAAACUGUUUGCCCAAUUUUUAAUAUUUAAAUUACAUUCAGCACCUGGUUUAACCAGUGGUUAUAUAGUUGUGUAAUGGUUUGUGGACUGUUACAUAGCUGGCUGCCUCUGUCCUUCUCUUUUCCUUACAUUCCGAUGGAGAAACUUUCUUGCCUUUUCUCUUAGUAAUGGAAUGGAAUAAAUUUAUUCUAAAAUGAUCUUCCAUGGGAAGAAGGGAGAGAGAAACCUAAAUAUAAUCUCUAAAUUAUUUUCAAGUUGGUCCCAGCAUCAUAAUAUGGGUUGGCCCCAAAGACUGGGGGGAGGGGGGAGGCAACUGGUUAUCAAUAUUUGUUUUCAGAAUGAGAUGGGAGCAUCUUUCCUUUGCCAUGUGCUUUGUGUUAGAGACCAUCAUGCUUGGGUUAGAACCAGAUAACCCAGCACAAAGCCUUGAGUGUAAAUUGUUGGAAUCAAAACAUCUCAUUCUGAUAACUUGAUUUUUUUUUUUAAAUAGGGGUGGGAGGGAGGUUACUUUGCCCCAAAAGGGAGGGUAUCUGCACUAAGGAUUUAGAAACACUUUGGAAGCUCAUAACCUCAUCAGUAACUGCCUUUAGUCACACUCCUGACCUUAUAGAUGAGUAACAAAAAGAUGGGAAUUAAGCCAUGUUAUUUUAAUUUGCUCCUUUUUCAACGUUCUGUGUCUCUUAAGCUGUUAUUGUGGAAUCAUUUUCUGGCAAAAUAACCUUUGUCAAGCAAAAUUAUUGGCCUUGUGGGAGCUGACGUCAGUCAACUUUGGUGAAUUUAAGUGGACUUUGGUGAGCUUAUAGUGGUACUUUAUAUCCUUAAAGGUAGUUUUUUAAAACUUCCAAAGAAAACCCACUCUCCUUUCUGAUCUAAAAACUCAUCUUUGGGGUAAAGAGUUCAGUGUCCAAAGGUUGUAACAGUUCAUGAGGUAAGAGGGCGCUAGCCUGGCAACUGGAUUCUGCCCCUCUGUAGCUGACAGAUUCCAACAGAAGUGUGUUUAAAUUCUCCAGUAGACAAUACUGGGCGGGGGGGAGGGAGGGGUAGGGUUGGGUUGCUAAGGUACAGGCUGCUGUACUUUACCCAGUGGUUGUGAGGGAGGGUCCCUGGAGAAAACCAAGUUGCUAGUCCCUUUUUUGAAACAAAAUUAAAACUUGAAAAAAAUGUUUAGUACAAAAUGGGAUAGAAUUUAAUGUCCCUAGCCACAAGGGACCAGUUCCACUGAGAAGUGAACAGUGGGGACUCAAUUUUGAAAACAUUUGGGGAAAGGGAAAAUUGGCUUUCUGUUAAUUGGCAAAUGUUCCAGUGGGGCUGUUUUUGUUGGAAUGUGUUAUGUUGUAUGUACACAUAUAUGGACCAGAGUGUCUGCUGAGUUUAUAAAGUUAAAAGCUGGUUGAUAAAAUCUUGAUUUUUGUUACUUUAUCACAAUAAAAGCCCACUGGAACUUCA